AUGCAAUCUAAGUUUUGGUGGAAGAUUACUAAUAAGGAGUAUAUUCAAUUGUUACUUUCUGCAUUUUUUGGAGCAAUAAUAUGUCUUUUAUCAACAACAAUAGGGAAUUUCAUUUUGAUAGAGAUUCGAUUCAAUUUAAUCUUUUCUGCUGUAAUUUGCUUUCAUUAUGUAUGAAGUAUUUUGGAUUCACAUUUCUAAUAACAGGAGUAUAUAUAUUGAUACGAACUAAAAUAUUCAUGAAUACUAAUCAUAUUACUUAAUGGACCUUAAAAUAAAAGUAUUUAGUUUGCUUUGCAAGUGUUAUUAUUGCAUCAGGACUCAUAUGCUUUUGUUUAUACUUUGAUCAAAAAUGGUAAAAUAUUAGAAUAGAAUAGGCAUGAAGGAUUGAAUUACUUCACCAAGAUUCCUUUAUAUAUAAUUUUGGGAGUGUCAUUGAGUUCCUCGAUAUGUUAUUUGACAAUAGACUUAAUCAACUUUAUUUUUAGUUUUAGUUAGAAUGUAUAGAAUAGAACUAUUGUGGAAACUCCGAAUUAGAUAAUAUCUUUUAUUUUUAUAAGUUCAUUAAUUGGAUUCUUAUAGGGACUAUUAUUUAGUUCUCUGGAUAUUGAAGUAUACUAGGCAUUUUAAUAUUAGGACGUAGAAAACAAAACUGUUUCAGUCGGAUUAAUUUUAUUUGAAGAAUUGCUAUUGAUUCCUUUUAUUGUGGUUUUGGGCAGCGUAGGAGGGUUUUUGAAUGAAUAUUUAAGAAUAAAGGGCAGCCAUUUAUAGUCAUACACAUUUGAACCAAUCCAAGAUCCAUUUACAGAUGAAAUUUGA